UGUUCGUAGUGGAAGUUCUCACUAGGAUGAUUCUUCCCUUCGCAGACCUAGUUUAUAAAUGGAUUUUUAUCACUAGUCGAAAAUUCCUUUGAUAUAAAACAAUAGACUAAUUAAAUAUAACAAUUAAUUCAACAGCUUAUGAUUGAUCACGUUUGAAGUCACUAUCAGUUCAGACCUCAUUGUUUUAGAAAAAUACCAUUUAAUAGCCAAAACACUGAUUUUCUACCACGUGCUUGAGUUAUCAAAAUGUUUUCAACAUUCCAUUGAAACCGUUUUAGUAUAAAAGAGCCUACCAGCUACAUAAGUAAUUAUAGUUUCAAGUAAAUUUGAAAGCUAAGGAACAGCACCAUGUCUCCCUUCACCGUGUUCGCGCUCUGCCUCCAGCUCUGCCUGAUUCAGUCCGUGUUGACCCAGAAGUGCUGCGGUUCGGGUAGAAACUCCUACAGCUCCGGCAGUAGCUGCGGCUCGUACGGCGGGGAGGGCUGCGGACAGGUGGGCGCGGCCGGCAACAUCGACGCGUGCGGCAAAACCUGCGUCGAGGGCUCCGUGCCCGUGCUCGGCUCCGUCUGCUUCGGCGGCUGCGCGCCCGCCUGCGGCUCCGUCUCCAUCUGCGGAAAAUGCUGCGGAUGCGGAUGCAAAUAAUUUCACUCAAUAUUUUGGCGCAUAUUGAAAUCCAGU